AUGGCUAACGAACAAGGACAUGCUCAAAUUGAACUUUCCUUUCCAUUUGAAGACCGAGCCUGUCUGUUGUGCUUGCAGGCGGGCCGGAACAUCUUUCUCCUAAGCUUUACUGAAGAGAAAAAGCAUUACAGUUCUCUACACAAGAACAGUUUGAUUACAUAUAAAUGUAAUAGCUGCAGGAAAAUCUAUCAAAAGAUCCAUGCUGCAGUCACACACACGCCGAAGUAUCCGGGACCUACGCAGCCAGAGGAUCCCGUCGGUGCGGUUAUAUGCCAAUACUGUAACCGGUCGUUCAUGAAUAGAAGAGCCUAUACUGCUCAUGAACGACAAGCGCACCCGGUCGCCCGAAAUGAGGCUAGGACAGCCGGUGCAGACAUAGAGGCCGUCACUCCUCGGCCCGCAGUCAGACGCCGCGGCGGACUGUUCUCGGACGAGGAAAUCACGAGGAUGAUUGACACAGAAUGUCUGCACUGGGGUGACCCGUACAUGGCAGUCAGGUUGAAAGCUCUGGCCUGUCCAGCUAAGACUCUCAAGCAAAUUCGGGAAAAAGGCGGAGUGACGUGUACAAACAACGCGUCUUCGAUGCAGCGCGAGACGCAGGAAUCGUAG